GAUGCAUGCACAGAGACAUCAGAGCCAUCCUCCCCUGAGCUGCAGGGCAAACCUGCUUGGGAAAGAAAUGAUCAUUCAACGAAGUCCUCUGGCUGCUUUCAGUGAUCCUUUCUCUGCACAUUUGCAGAGGAGAAACCUGGAGGCUAUCCCCAGUGUUCCUGAGACCUCCAAGAAGAUGAAAGCAACUGCAGAAAGAGAUAAAUGAGGCUGUUGCUCUUAUAAUCUGAUGGGGACAAAGACAAGGUGACUCACUGUUCAGAAGUAAACUUUGGAUGAGGUCUCUUGCCUGCCACUGUCAUGCCCUGCCACCCUGGGUAAUUCUAACAUGAAAACAAGGGCCAGCCAAGCCACAUGUGUCAAAAGAAGACAGACAUGGCCAUGGAGCAAGCUGAACAUAACCCAAAUGCUACUGUCAACCUCAACUUUGCUGCGAUCUACAGUCUCCACAAUGGGGAUUUAACCUCCUUGCGAAACUUCUCCUUCCCUUUCAAUUUCAGUUACAGUGAUUACGAUCUCCCACUGGACAGUGAAGAUGACAUGACCAAAACUCGCACCUUCUUUGCAGCAAAGAUUGUGAUUGGGGUGGCUCUGGUUGGCAUCAUGCUCAUCUGUGGCAUUGGCAACUUCAUCUUCAUUGCUGCUCUUGCCCGCUACAAGAAGCUGCGGAACCUCACCAACCUGCUGAUUGCCAACCUGGCCAUCUCAGACUUCAUUGUGGCCAUUGUAUGCUGCCCCUUCGAGAUGGACUACUAUGUGGUGCGGCAGCUGUCCUGGGAGCAUGGCCAUGUCCUCUGUGCCUCAGUCAACUACCUACGGACCGUUUCCCUCUAUGUUUCUACCAAUGCUCUUCUGGCUAUAGCUGUUGACAGGUAUCUGGCCAUUGUUCACCCACUGAAACCACGCAUGAAUUAUCAAACUGCAACCUUCCUAAUCGCCUUGGUCUGGAUUGUCUCCAUACUUGUAGCUAUCCCAUCUGCAUACUUUGCUACUGAAACAGUGUUAUUUAUAGUGAAAAACCAGGAGAAAAUUUUCUGUGGUCAAAUUUGGCCAGUUGACCAGCAGAUAUACUACAAAUCAUACUUCCUCUUCAUCUUUGGCAUUGAAUUCGUUGCACCUGUGAUUACGAUGACCUUGUGUUAUGCCAGGAUCUCUCAGGAGCUUUGGUUUAAAACCGUACCAGGAUUUCAGACAGAACAGAUCAGAAAGAGGCUUCGAUGUAGAAGAAAAACUGUUAUGGUACUGAUGUGCAUCCUGACUGCCUAUGUUCUCUGCUGGGCACCCUUCUAUGGCUUCACAAUUGUCCGUGACUUUUUCCCCACCAUCUUUGUGAAAGAGAAGCAUUAUCUUACUGCUUUUUACAUAGUUGAAUGCAUUGCUAUGAGUAACAGCAUGAUAAACACCAUGUGUUUUGUAACUGUGAAAAACAACACCAUGAAGUAUUUCAAGAAGAUCAUGUUGCUGAGAUGGAGAUCCACAUAUAAUGGAAGCAAAUCUAGCACAGAUUUAGACCUGAGAACAAAUGCAGUGCCAGUUACAGAGGAGGUAGACUGCAUAAAACUGAAAUAAGUUUUCUGCAGUUGUAAUUUCACAUAUUUUGGAGAGGGAGUAAAGAAGAAAUAAAGCUUAGAGGGGAACACUCACCAUUUGUGAGAGCCCUUGAAAAACAGCCAACUAUGCAUUUCCACAAGAACUCUUUUCACUGACUGCUGUAUAAUCCCGUAACUCAGACUAAUGCUGUGCUUCAGUUCACCCAUCUGUGAAUUUGGGAUUUAGACACUCAUUUCAGUUGUUUAAAAUUUAAGGGGAUCAAAAAAGUCUAUGAAUGCAUUAAAAUGUUUUACAAUUAUGCAAGAGUCGAUUGCUGAGCCUAGCAAUGAUGCCUUUGUUUCUUCUUAAGAGAAAUCUCUUAACCCCUUUGAACUUAUCAUUUGUAUGGAUGGCAAAAAAAGCCCAGUUUGCUUCAUGUCGUUCUUUAUCCUCUCAGUUUACCCCUCACAAUGAAGCUGCUUGAAGUCUACAGACCACCAGCUUUCUAUUGUCCAAUGUGCAGUAUGCUCUUAUGAAAGGCACAUUCUCUACAAAGCUAAAUACUGCUUCACAGUCUAGUGAAAACCUCCAGUCUCUUCCUGUGACACCUUGUUUAAGAAUAUUUUAUCAACAUUCCACUCUCUAGUUUUAUGUAGAGUGUUACUCUGUUUAUUAUGUAUUUGGAAAUGGCACAGAUACUUAUUGAAGGGACCUAUUCCCUUCUCUCAUCUCCAGGCACCCUAUGGCCAGCUUCUGCUGUCUUGAGUCACUGAGCUCUUCACAGAAUCGAUCACAAAAUCCUAGAGGUGCAAAACAUCUCCAGAUUGUCUAGCCCACCCCUCUGCUUGAGCAGGGUCAGCUAGAACAGCUUGCCUAGGAUUGUGUCCAGUUGGGUUUUGACUGACUCCAGGGAUGGAGACUCCACAGCCUCCCCGGACCACCUAUGCCAGUGUUCAACAGCCCUUGCAGUAAAAAAGUGUUUUAUUCCAUUUACAUGGAAUUUAAUGUGUUUCAACUUGUUUUUCAGUAAGACCCAUAUAAAAGAAUAGCAUGUUAUUGGGAAAAAAUUCACCCUGCUGAACCAGGCCUAGAUAUCUUAUCAAGUCUGCAUACACCUUCAAAACAAAGUACAUGUAGGGCCAAAAUAGCAUAGAGAUCUUGAGAUGGUCUGUCCUUCUACAAGCAAUGGAGACAGACUCUAGGCUUCAGCAAGCCAGUCACUGGUUGAGUAGCUCAUUGUCUUGUCAAACAUAAGGCAACAACUCAAUAUGAAUUCUGCAUUGCCUCUCCCAGUGCUGUUUUUACUAUUCUGAUUUUGUGCAACUCCAGGAUGGAUGUUUCUUAACCAAUAAUCGUGAUAAAGCAGGUGACAGUAGCAGUAAUACCUACUCAUUUAAAAUACACAUGAGAUACCAUGGACUUUUGUGUAUUGAAAUCAAGUCUUUUCUAUUGUGAUGACAAAUGCUUCCUGUUUUAAAGUAUAUGGUACUGUCUACUUUUGGAGUAAGUGGCUUUUGUAAAUAGUCUGUUUGUGAAUUUGAAGUGAGCAGCAAA